AGUAGUUGUAGUGUUAUUAUCGGGAACCAAGAUUUAUCUGCUGCGGAACCCAAUUACGAUCGAGGUUCUUACAGGGACUAUUUUAUAACCGGACCACGUGUGCGGAAAUGCGUGCUUUGCUUAUUGAGGUCAACUAGAAGCAAAUUUAGUCAUUUUCAGGGUAAACGGUGACCCGGUGUUUGUCAACUCGCAGUCAUGGCGAAAAAGAAGCGACUCCGUCUCAUCGCAGAAAUGGCUCGGAAGAUCCGGGCGUACCGAGAGCUGAAGUCCCGACCGAGGGAGUCACAGAAAUAUGCCCUGGACUACGAGACGAUGAGACGGCCUCUCACUGGGAAGAUGCUGCCCGUGUUGGCCUGGCAGGACGUCCGCAGGGAGAGCCGCCUCUUCUCACUGUUGGCGGGGAUGCGGCUGUUUGGAGUGGGCCGAAUGUUGACCCGCAAGUCCUGGCUGGAGGACCACCCAGAGCCCAGCUACUGGCAGAUUACCAAGAUCAAGGUGGACUACACAGCUGAGAACGUGGAUCAUGGCAGAGCAUGGGGAACCCUCACAUAUAAAGGCAAACAGGAAAGUGAGGUAAAGGAGGUGGAGAAGGUGAUGUACCACGACUGGCGCCUGAUUCCCAAAGACAUGGAGCAGCAGUUCAGGGACUUCCAGCCCCUCCCGGAGCCUCCGGUGCGCUACGCCCCCUAUCCUCCCCUGCUCCGUGCCAUGCUGCUGGCAGAGCGUGGGAAAGCUGGAGGCAGCGCAGUGACAGAGGAGCCGGCCCUGCCUCUAAAGAGGGACGUGGUGCUCAACAAAGACUAUUUCCGCAGACAGGAACAAGAGCGUCAGAGGAAAGAGGGGACAACGGUGUGAGAAUGUACUCUACAGGGAUUCAUUUGAGCAGCUGCUGUGUCCUGGACUCAAAUGAUGUGAUAUAGAACUGUGUAUGUGUUAAAUGUGCUGAAUAUUAAAAGUGAGAACCAAACAGA